ACAUUACACAUCGGAAUGUGUCAGCGCUGGUAUUUCUAAUCAAUAUACCUUAAAUGAUUUAUGCUAUUCUAAACCUUCAAGGCAAAUCAGAAAAAUGCUAUAUAUUUAGGUUAUGCAUAUACCUCUAAAAUCUUUAGAUAUUGUUGCAUGAGAAGUUCAUAAUCAUUUAAAGUCAGGCUUGUAUUUGUGUCACGUGACUUUAAAGCGCCAUCUUGCAGCACUUUGUUAACUGUGAUUCGGGUGGAUGCCGUCUUCCAAAGCCAAGGCGUCAGAACCGUAUAAGUGGGAUAUUUCUAUUUUGAGUUGGAAUUAACAGAUUGCCCCAAAAUGUCUGUUUUCCGUAAACGAAGCAAAAGUGACGCUCAAACUGAGUAUACAAGUAAUAUACGCUUUCUAGAUGAUACCGAGACCAUCCAGCUGACAUUCAAGGUAAAAAUAAAAAAAACACGUUGUCAGAAUGUCAUUAAAUUUUGAGUACUACAACAGAGUCUGAGUCAUAUGCUGGGCGAGCCCAACAAUUGAGCGAGCUCGUUAAGGGAUGAGUAUAGAUGAGCUUAUAGCCCACUCUGCUUAAUGAAGUGUUUCAGAGCAGAUUUUUUAAAAAAUUACCUAUGCCUAUACUAAUAUUCCUAUGCCUAUUGAAUUGUAGACCUACUACUUUUUACUCUGGGUAACAAGGCAUCAUCAUCAGGCUCGUUCAGUGGUGGGAAACCUACGUCCUGCGGGGCACAUGCGGCCCGCUGAAACGUUUAUUUGGCCAGCAAGACCUCCUAGGAACUUGAUAAAAUGCCUAUCUGUAAAAGUAAAAGCCUUUAAAAAAUCAUUUUUAAUGGGUGUUAUUGUAUAGAGUGUAUAAGUAUAGUGACAAUAAGUUAAGACCUAUUCAUUCUGGGGUGGUCACCACUACAUAGUUAGCCCAACUUUAUAUAGCAAGUUAGAGGAAAAAUAAAAUGUUAGCAAAUCAUUUUCUUUAGCCUGACAUUAUACAUAUAUUGAACUAACAUGAUGCAAAACAAAAAUCAAAUUUAAAAAUGGAGUAUUAAUAUUCUAUCGCAAUUUCCAAAGAAAUCUUUUUUGUUGAGGCGACUUCAGGCUUUGCAAUGCAUGGUUUUCUGGAGCUAUUCCUAAGUUGGAAUCUCAGGCCAAUUAGUCACAAUGCGUAUCAAUAUUAUCAUUAUUUAAAUUCUGUGCAUCAUUCUAUUUCUUGUCUCGCUAUGUUUUCUAUUGAUUGUACUGAAAAGAUGGUAAGUAUAGUGGCGGCAAAAAGAUUGUACCGGUUCUUACUAUUUUGUAGUGGAAAUCUGUCUGGAGCCAUUUUUGAGGUCUCUAUUUAGGACAUUUUUACUGGUCUUUUUUAUAAAUUGUGUUAUAUUGUGGGUGUGGGGGUGUUAAAUUGUGGAUUUGCAAUAGUAGGAAUUUUUUUUUUUAAUUGAAAGCUGAUAUUUUCUUAGAUGUCUUCUAUUAUUUCACAGUUGUAGUUGGUCAGAAAAAGUGCAAUCAGCUAAAAUAAAAUCUAAAUUAACAGACCUUGCAUAAAUUUAUUUUAAUUUCUUUGUUAAACAUAAUAAAUUUGUUAAAGAUAAAUUGUUCAUCACAUAUUUUAAAUCAGACCUGCACAACAUGUGAAUGUGGCCCGCCAGCACCCACUUUGCGGCCCGCGAAGUAACCAAAUAUUCUUUAUUCUUAUUAUUUUCUUAAUAGCUUUCCCCUGACCUAUUUUCUUUUGGCCUGAAAAAGUCCUGUCCUAUUUUCUUUUGGCACACACAAGUUUUUCAUAAUGUAUUACGGCCCACCUUACAUUUUCAGACCUGUUCACUCUUACGAUUUUGGCGUACAAUGUACGAUUUUGAGGUGUAUACAUUAUAUAUACUGUAUGUUAAUCUUUUUACUAUUAAGAUAAUGUAUUGAACAAUUGUACGAUUUUAAGAGUUUGAGGGUAAACAGGUCUGCAUUUUGAGUUGUGCAGGCCUGUCAUAAAUAGCCAGAAUUGUACCCUGAAAAUAUGCAAUGCACAGAGCAGACACUUUUGACAGUGUUCACCGUUUGAAUGCUUUUUUUUCACAUUGAAUUAAUAUUUUAAUAUAUAGUAUCCUUCCUGCAGUACUUCAUAAAAUUGUUGAUGUGACCCACAUUUCUAAUGCUUGGACAUCUCUGAUAUAGAUUAUGCAAAAUAUAAUAAAAAUUUGACAUUUUUAAACCUUUCAUAGGAGCAGGGGUGGGCAAAAUUUUUGUUCGGAGGGCCACAUUGACAAAUGUAAAGCUAUUAGGGGGCCGCAUGUAUAUUAUGUCCAAUUUUUAUCUGUCAAUAAAUAUUUCUCUAUAUUAAAAUCGGUAAAUUCGCAUUUUAGCUUUACAUUACAAAAAAUAGAAAAUUAGAAAGUUGAUAAAUAAUGUUCAAACAAUUAUAACGGUUAUUAUUAUUACCAACGGUACAUGAAGUUCUGUAAAAUUCAACAAAAUAACUUAAAAACAAAGUAAUUGUUUUGCAUUUGUAAAUGCAUUCGUGGGCCGAAUAAUAUCAGUUGCCAAGCAUCAUGAUGCAGGCCUUAGUCUGCCCACCCCUGCAUUAGAGCAUCAUGAUGAUGUAUUAUUGAAGUACUUAUUUUUGAAGUGAGCUCUAAAUAAGGAAUAUAAACAUUAGUACACAUCAAAGAUCAGGAGGGGGCAAUGAUUAUUAAUUUAGAGUAAAUUACGUUGUUACACUUUUAUCUUUAACCUUAUUUAGGUUUUUUCUCAUUUCUUCCUAAAAUAUUACUGGAGUGGAUUAGCUGUAAAAGUUGUUUCAGAAGUUUCUCUUGUAGAUGUACUUCUUGACCAAUAUUUUCUACUUAAUAAUCAAAAUCUUUUAGACAUCUCUUAUAUAUAUUAUGGAAAAUAUAAUAUCAAUUUUAUCAUCUAAUGUAGAUGUAAUGUAGUCACUAAAUUGCAUUAAAAGUAUAACAAGAUGAAUAUCAUCAUGAUUUAUUAGCGAAAUAUUUAUUUCUAAAGUUAGUUCUAAUUAAGGAAUACAAAAAUUAGUACACAUCAAUGGUCAACUUGAAUGGGUUUGCUCUAAAAGUUGCAUUAGAAGUUUCUCUUGUAUAUAUACUUCUUGACCUCUAGUCUACUUAAGAAUCAAAAUAAAAUUACAAUCCCUUAUGUUUGUCAUUUUUAUUUCUCAGUAUUAUGUGCUGACAAUUAUUAAGAUCCUUUUUUUUUUUUUUUUUCUUGUCUUAUUUUUUCCAUGCAAUGGUUUUAUUUUACAAACUUUCUUAUGUUUAUACCAUUUCCUUUAUUUUUUUUUAUACAUUUUAUGUAUGUUUUUUUAUUUAUUAAUAUCCUUUUUUUUUUUUGUCUUGUCUUAUAUUUUCCAUGCAAUGGUUUUAUUUUACAAACUUUCUUAUGUUAAUACCAUUUCCUUUAGUUUUCUGUACAAAUUUUAUGUAUGUUUUGUUACAGAAAGACACUUUGGGUCAAUGGUUAUUUGAUAGGGUGUGUGAGAAACUGAACUUGGUGGAAAAAGACUAUUUCGGACUUCGAUAUGUUGAUGCAGAAAAUCAACGGGUAUGUUGCUCAAUUUUCUUUCUAUUUUUAAGUUAUCUUCUAUAAAAAAAAUUUUUUUUAAUUCUGCCCAAAAAAAAUUGAUUUGAUAGAAAUAAAUAUAUUAUGUAUUUUUUGUAUUUAUGUUUUAAUUUUUUUUCAGCACUGGCUUGAUCCUUUAAAACCUGUUUACAAGCAGCUUAAAGGUAUAAAUAGCUUAAAUGUUUUGAUUUCUAUUUAGCUUUGUCACUAUUUAAUUUUUACCUAGUUUCUUUUUUUUUCUUCUAUAAAUAACUAUCUAGUCAAUAUAUUCUAUGAACUAUGUGAUGUAUUUAUUUUACUACAAUUCUUUCUUACGGAUUAAUAUAAAAAGAAUUGUAUAGACCUAGCUGUAUCUAACAGAUACACAAAAUAUUGCAUAUUGUAGGGAUGAAAUAUAUUAAUCUAUUGACAGAUUUUGACACAAACUUAUCAAACCAUAGCUAUAGGGAAAUAUCUGUCUUAAUACCAGCUGCUGUUACCAUAGUGUGCACAGAUGCCUUUAAGAGCUAUGCAGCAAAUGUCACACAAUAAGUGUGAGCUGUCAGAUGAAUGGUGAUUCAUUGAACUUAUUGACUAAAAAGAACUUCUCUAUUUAAGCCGAAAUGAGUUAUAUGAAUGGAUAGAACUCUAGAAGAUGGGCUAGCUGAUAAUUUAAUCAGUUAAUGUUAAUAUUUAUGACUUUUUUUUUUUUUUUUUUUCUUUCUUUUUUUGGCUUCCUCUAAUGAACCAAGACCCUAACUUUUACUAUCCACUUAGACUAUUCUAUGAUCCAUAUUGCCUUAUUAAACUCAAACUUAAUAACUGCCUUAAGUCCAGUUGGAGCAAAGAUAGUAGGGCUUAUUUCUUAUCUUAGUCAUGAAAAUCAGAGACUAUAUAUAGUUUUUUCAAAUCCUUUAAAACUAUAAUGUUCUUUGGUCUUAAAGUAAUAUAAUUUUUUAUUUUUUUUGAUUUGGUGAGGAAAUAUUUUCCUUUUUUGCUUUGUAUACCCUUUUUAGAAUUAUGGUUUAAUGAAUUUAGCAAAGAUAAGUGGAGAUUACUCAUUUUGAAUUACUAGUUAAAAUUCUUUAUUCUCGGUUAAAAAUGAAUCAUCCCACAUAUGGAUUGACGAAUGAAAUUAUUUUUAAGAGUGACUAAUUUCUCUAUUCAUGACUGGCUUUGACUUGUUGGACUGGCAACUCUUGUUAUAUUUAAUGUCACUGCACAAGUUAAUCAUUUCUUGUUAAUUUAAUUUUUUUUUUUUUUUAUUUAAACAUGUAAAUUUAAUGCUUACCUUCUGGCAUUUUUUUUCGCUUAAAAAAAAUUAGCUUAAAUUGUUUGCUGUGGUUGAUUCCACCACAUUAGUAAUUUUCCAUUCAUAAAACAUUAAUUUAGCUUUAAUUGGACAAAAUGUGAAAUGUUGGAGUUUUUAAAUAUAUAGAACAUCAAUAUUUACUGAAAAUUUAUUGUUGUCUUAGUAUAAAUGUAAUCUCAUUAUCUAUCAUGGUUUUAUACUCUGCUGCUCUUGCUCUACUAUAUUAUUUUCAUCACAUCACUGAUUUCAUGAUGAUAAUGAAGGAUCGCUGUUUCAAAUAAAAGUUGUAUUCUGACAUUAAUGCUGAGAGUUAUAAUUAGACUAAUAUUGCAUGAAAGGUGAUAUAAUUAUGAUUGGUCAUAGGCUGAUUUUGAUAUAUCUGUAAGAGACAUGUUUGGGAAUACAUGCUUGAGGGAUCUUUUUUAAUGCAUUUUUAAGUGAUAGCUUUUUCUUUAAAAGACAAUAAUGCUGCUAAUGCAGCAUCAUUUUAGGGCAGUGGUCCUCAAUCUUCCUAAUGCCGCAACCCCUUAAUACAAUUUCUCAUUUUUGGCGGGGGGAACCCCCCCCCCCCCCCCCAAACCACCAAAUUAUUUUCCUUCCUACUUCAUAACUGUAGAGUACAUGUGUUUUCCAAUGCUCUAAGGCGACCCCUGGCACAACUACAUUCCAAUCAAACGCAACUAAUUCACUAAGUUCUAGAUGAUGCCCCUGUUAGGUUUUUCUACCACCACGUCCCUGGUCAGUUGGUGUAACCUCUCAAUGAGAUGCUCUAUUUCCAGUCUUGUUUUUAGCGCUUUGGUGGGCACCAUAUCCCAGAAUAUUCUUUGGUGUUGUGUCAGAUUGCAUUGAAGCAAAUCGUAAUGCAGCAACCAUUAGCUUAUUAUAUUGUUCAAAGAUGUUGAGAUAACUUGUCUCUAAACCAAUUUAUUGCCUAGAGUUGCAAUGUUAUUUUUAACUUGUGUUUAUGCAUGGUUUAUUGUUCAAGGGGAAAAAAUUGUAUAAUUGCAAGCAAUAGCCAGUUACCUACCUCUUGUAGCCAGUUACCUACCUCUUAUUAUUUACAACUGUAAUUGAAUACAUUUACUGAGUAAAAUGACCGACCAUGACAUUUUUCUGGUAUCUAAACAAAUGAUUUUAAACAUUUUAUUUCAGGACUUCUCAAAAUGGUUCUAUGUUUUCGUGUCAAAUUUUAUCCUGAAGAUCCAAUGAAGUUACAUGAAGAGAUUACAAGGUUGGCACUGGAAAUCAAUUUUAGCUGUACUAUUUCUUUUUUACUUUUUUUUAAAAAAGGUUGCCUUUAAGGUAUUAGUUUUAGAUAGAUCUACUAGUAGAAUUUAUAUAUCAUAAAUGAAGUCUUUUGUAAUGUAGUUGGCUCAAAUGUUGCUAAGUAAUUUUUAAUAUAUAUUUUUAAUUAUUCAACAUCUAUAAUAUAUUAAUCAUUUAAUCACUAGCAACUAUUGAACUUAUCUAGAGUUUACAAAUAUCAGGGAGUUUAAUUGACUUUUUUAAAAUAGGUACUAUUUGUUUCUUCAAUUACGUCGAGACCUUCACCAUGGCCGACUGUUGUGUCCUCACGAUGAAUCCAUCCAGUUAGCAGCCUAUAUCAUACAGUGUAAGUCUUUGGAGAAAUCUUUACAUUUAUUUUCUAUUAAAAGAUUUUUGAGUAAAUCUACUCUUCAAUGUUUCCGCAGGGAUGGAUAACAGUUAUAUAGAGUAAUACCAACAUAACAAAAUUGCCUAUGUAAAAUAAUAUUUGUGAUCUCUAAGCAAUUAAAUGUGUAUGAAAACGUUUGCUUCUGGCUUUUCAUGAAGCACUAGCUUUAAAGCGAUAUUUCCCUCUUCCCUGAUGUCCGUCCAUACAUAUUGUCUUGUGCCCAUUUACUCCCAUGCACCACUCUUAGUCAUAGAGUGCUGUUACUCAUGUUGGAGAAUGUACAGUUAUUUAGAGUGACUAUUCAGACUGCUUGCACUACAUUGUACUGUUAUUUUCCUUAAAUAAUUAUUUACUACAGUGGUUAAACCAUGAUAUACAGUCACUCCUCACACGGAUUUUCUAAACAGUUUAUUCACACUUGAAACUUAGUUUACGCUUACCCACGAUGGCAAUAUUUCCUUGAUCUAACUGCAAGGUUUAUUGAAAAGCACUGUUAAUUGACAAUGGUAGACUGGUCAUCAGUCUCCACAAAAAGAUUGCUGUCCUUAUUUUCCCAACAUUGCAUGUUCCACUUGUCACAACCACAAUCUGAUAUCCCUAUGAUUACGCAGAAAUUAAUCAAACUGCUAUUCAUGGACACAUCUUGACUGUUUGAUUUGUUUGAUCUAACAUUGAAUUAUUUCCCUCUGAUGACUUCAAAUAUUUCCUCCAACAUUCUGUUUCCAUAUCUCCCCUUAAAUAAAUAGCCCCUAAACCAGAAUUGUAACUAUCUGUCCUGAAUAAACAUAUUUUUAAGAUCAUCACUUUUCUCAUAGUGAUGGAAUAAUAGAUCUGCCAUUGGAAACCCAUAACUUAGGAAUCUUUUGUUUCCUGCUACACUGAUUGCUCUUUUAUCUUUGAGUAUUAUUUUCCCAGCACCUGCAUUUUACCAAGACUUGCUCCACCCCACCACCCUUUUCUAUUUUCUACCAAGCUCUCUGUACACCUCUUCCUCAUUAUGCACAAUACUAUAAAAGGUCAGAGUAGUUCAGUACCAUUUGUUUUGCUGUCACUCUCUUUAAAAUUAUUAAUUUUAUUUUUUUUUUAAUUAUCCCUUGUAGCUGAGGUUGGUGAUUAUGACCCUCAAGACCAUUUACCAGGUUAUGUGUCAGAGUUCAAGAUGUUACCCAAGCAAACACCUAAGCAUGAAGAAAAAAUAAUGGAGGCCCAUAGAGCCUUGGCGUAAGUAUCAUUAUUUAUUAUUGUAAUUUGUACAUGUUUCCUAUUUGGUUGCUCAUAAUGUUGGCUAAGUUUAUCUCAACUGUCUUAAUGUAUAGCAGACCUGUUUACUCUUAAGAUUUUGGCGUACAAUGUACGAUUUUGAGGUGUAUACAUGAUAUAUAGUGUAUGUUUAUUUUUUACUAUUAAGAUAAUAUAUUGAACGAUUUUGUUAAGAUAUUGUACAAUUUUAAGAGUUUUAGGUAAACAGGUCUGGUAUAGUGAAGAAAAUUUCACAAGAUGAUGGUUAAUUAUUAAGUUUAGCUUGUUAUUUAACAGCACACAUAACUCUUUUUUUUUUUUUUUUUUUUUUUUUUUUUUUUUUAUAUUUUUAUUUUUUUUUUUUUUUUUUUUUUUUUUUUUUUUUUUCUCCAGAGGAGAAGUUCCAUCUGAAUGUGAAGCAAACUUCCUCAGAAAGGCUGCAAGUAUGGAUACAUACGGGGUUGAUCCACACCAAGUUAAGGUAAAACCAUUGACAUAUUAACUCUGUAUUAUGAUAAAGGGAAUGUUUUUGUUAAUUUUUUUUUUUAAUUAUGAAAAGAUGUAUUCAGUAAGGAAGCUUUAAAAAUUGGUGGUUUUUUUUUUAUUUUUUAGGAUCAAAGAGGAGAUCCUCUUUAUCUAGGAGUCACACAUUUGGGCAUAAUGACCUUCAGAGGAAGCAGAAGAACCCAGCUCUUCAAAUGGUCAGUAUUUCUUUCUUUUCUUUCACCAAAAAAUUAUAAAAUAUGAAAAUGUACAAAUAUAUUGAACCCAAAUAUUACUGAUUCUUGAUAAGCUAUUAACUCUUCAGCCAGGUUUUUCUUUGCUGAAAAAAGUCACUUUUUCUACUUUAGUGAUUCCGAAAAUAUACUGGAGAUUUCUGACUUACUUUGGACAAGAAACAAAAAAAAAUAGUAUCAUAGUCAUCUUUGUUUGCGUUAACUUAUAGUGUGGAAUUGCUCAAUAAAACCAAACUUGGUUUGUAUUGUCCAUUGAUCUUACUUUUGUCUGUGCAUUGUUUAAACCACACACAAAUUAUUUAUUUUUUUUAAAUAUUUUUUUUUAAAUUUCUGGUCAGAAAGUUAAUGUUUCACUGUAGUCUCAGAGUCCACUGUCUAUUGUUCCUUUUAAUCAGCCAUUUUAUAUUAUGUAAUGUAGUAAUGCUAAAACACCCCAAACAUUUCUUUUCUUAAAAAUUUGAAGCAUUGAUUUUAUAUAAUAGUAUGAUAUGUGUUUUUAGAGGAGCAAAUAAAGCAAAAACAAGUCUGUGUUAGUAGAGCAGUGCUUAGCACCAAUUUCUUUUUCUUUGUAUACAAUGAGACCGUGGUGCCCACUUUGGUUAUAAAGAAUAUUAAACUUUUUGAUAAAUUAUGCUCAGUAACAAGAUUUUCUAAUUUUGAUGGAGAAAUCUACAUACUCAUGAACUUAAGUCCUGUCUUUGCUUUUUUAGUUCAUCAACAUUUUGAAAAUCAUUUUACAAUGAUUUGAUUAUUUCCUCCUAGUUGUACAAGUGAAGACAUGCCUAUUUUUAAUUAAUUUGCUUAAGCGAAUCAACCCCUUGUUUAAUGAAAUAAAUUUAUGUCAUGGUAUGUGGCAAAAAUGCAACAAAAUGUUCAGUCACUAGGUAUAAUAUUUGUUGAAUUUGUUUGCAAUUAAAUGGUUACAGCUAUCUUUAAAAAAAAAUUCACAUCAAGAUUCCAUAAAAAUAUUGUUAUUGAAAAUGGAAGAAAUCAAUUCCUUCUUUAAUUUUAACAAGAAAUGUAUUUACAACAGCUCUUUAGGAAUAAAAUUAAGGCUAUAUAUAUGAAUAUGAAGGUAUUGUAGUUUUGGGGAUGAAAAGGAUUGUAAAGUAAUAGUCUCUCUUUUUUUAAAAAAAUAUUGAUAGAGUAAUAAAAAUGUAUCCUUGUUUGAAAUCUCAAAUAUAAAAUCAUUUAUAUUUGAUCAUGCUUUUCAGAUAAAAUUCUAAAGCCAGUUACUAUCUGCUAAAUUUUAAAUUGCUAAAUUAGAGAUCGUUAAUAUUAAAAUUUCAGGAACCAAAUAAGAAGAAUUGCAUAUGAAGGGAAAAUGUUCAUUAUUAAUCACAGUGGUUCAGAGGUAAGCUUAAAGCCUUUAUUUUCAACUAAAAUUAUGAGAAUAUUUCUCAUUAUUUUAAUAUUAUUAAGUAAAUUCUGGAGAAAAAAGCAUUUUGCUCCACUAUCUUUAUUAUAAUAUAUUUCAAGCUAAAUAAAUAUACAAGUACUUAAAAGUUAUCCUAAAAUCAUCUUUUUGUCUAGAAUAUGAAGCUCAUUUUUUAAAAGUUCACUUGAUCCUAGCUGUAUGUUACCUACAGGUAAAAUAAGACCCAUCAUUAUAUCAGGUCUGAAUAUCAAAUAUAUUAUAAGCUUAGCCAUUCACAUAUGUGGAGGAGACAUCUCUUUUGACAUUUUUUCAGGAUGAAGAUACAACUAGUUCUAAAAAGGUGAGAAAAAACUGACAAUUUAAUUUAAUUUCUUGAAACCGAAACUUUAUGCUUUUUUCUAGGAUUUUUUCCUCUCUUCAAUAAUCAAAAAGGGAAAUAUGCUAUUUUUAUUUGGUUUUGGUGUGCACUUUAGUUGCUUUAUACAUUUAAAUAAACUAUUCUAAAAAUUAUCAUAUUUUAUUAAGAUUUAAUAGCUGUUUAUGUUAUCAUUUGUAAAUAAUUAGCUCAGCCCUGUUUAAACUACUUUUGAUAUAAACUUUAGAAAGGUACAUGUUAUUUAUUUUUAAAAAGAAAUAAUUUAUACAUCAAAUGUAACAUUAAGCAUAAUCAUGCAAAAAAUUAAGUUAUUUAAAGAAAAACAUGUCAUUUGUAAUAUUGGUGGUACAGUCUGCACAAGUUCAGAGCACGUCAUUGUGGUUGGUCACCCUCGCCUGCAGCUAACAUUAUCUUCCAUUUUGCCAGUAAAAUAUUUAAAAGUCUCUUUCAAAUAUAUCUUCGACUAUUAGUAUAAGAUCAUCAAUAUCAUUUUCUACUAUACUUUAAACGGGCUCUACAUCAACCAUUUCAAUUGUUUCAAUAUCUAACAUUGCUAGUCUAUAUACAGUAAACAUUGCAUGAGCUUAGAAAUCUUUAUUUAACUAGAACUCUCGUAAAUUUUUACUGCAGCGUUGAGAUUUCUGAAAAAAGAAAGUAUGUUCUCACAACAACAAAAAAAGCAUUCCUGUUGUAUUGGAAGUCAGGCUCCUAAGAAACCAGGAUGAGAACAAUACAGCGAGGGUGAAAAAUGCUGAGUUGUGCUGUAGCAUUUGAGAAUUUGGGAGGGUGAAAAAUUACUUUCCCCCUUUUUACCAUAAAAAAUUACUGUUAUGGCUGGAGUAGCAUAUUAGUAGCCUAGCAAGAUUUUAAAUUUUAAAAAAUUACGGAAACAUGUUCCAACCUAUUUUUACUAUACAGCUUUUUAUGAAAAGUCACCACCUAAUCUAAAAAAGCUUAUGAGUAGCAGCUGCAGACCUCUCUGGCUGUUUUACAAGCUGUUUGAUAAUAUUGUUCAACCCUUAUGUGAUCCCUUUUAUCAGCCACUAACUCUAUUUACCUGCACAUACCUGUUCACUCUUACAAUUUUGGUGUAAAAUGUAUGAUAUGAGAUGUCUUUUACGAUUGUACACCAAAACCUGACAGAACUACAAUUUUAGGAAACUGUGUUAAGAUUGGUUGGGGACCAUCCAUAAUUAUAUGUUUCCCUGUGUGGAGAAUGGAGUGGUGUUGAUUUAGGAGAUUUUGUGUUUGGGUGGGGGAUCUAAAUAUUUUAACUCUAUAAAAUUAACACUGCCACAUUUUUGCAAUGAUAGUGAUGAUGGUCAUAUUGCUGCUUUGUGUUUUCAUAAUGAACUGGCUAGACACUACAACAGUAAUAAUGGAGUAAUCGCCCUAGUGACAGUUAUAGUCCAUCCGGGGCCAUUAUUAUAGUAUGAACACACUGAGGGGCAAGGGGGUGGUCAAUUUUUUAGAUAUUGCGUACACAUGCAUAUGUCCGGGGAGUCCCAUCAGAAAGUACAUAAGUCUGAAAGUCCAAAAAUAGCAUAUUUAUAUUUUGAAUGCUUUAAAAAUAUCAAGCAAUGGUUUGUAGGAAUUAUCUUCAUAAUGUUGCGAUGCAUUUUCAUAAAUGAACUGAUAGUACUGAAUAGUAGAGAUAUUACAGUAAUAUUUAGUCCACCAUACAUAUGUUCAAUAUGCAUGUGAUGUAUAUUUUGUUGGGCUAUGCCAGUACGUAAGAAAUUUUUGUUUCCUGGUGCCUAUGCCAAUUUUAGGUUUUCACCAGUCUCCCUGUGUUAAAUUAUAACAAACAAACUCCGAAAUAGCGAAUAAAUAAACAAAAUAAAAUAUAAAGGGUUGGUUAAAAUAAAUAUAACACGUUAAUCACUAAGUGCUAAACAGUUGUUACUCGGCGUGGGGGGGUGUUAGAAAAAUUGUGAUUUUUUUAUUAUUAUUCGUAUGUACUAUACAGAUACCCCCUCCUUGUGUUUGUUUGUUUUGGGGCUGUAUGAUUUAAUUUUGUGGCAUAAUUCUUAUGGCUGAAGCAUGGCAAGUGCAGAAACAGAGAAAAUUAGAGAAUACAUACAACUGUUCCGUGCAGCAACAUAAGAUUUCGUAGAGUCUAAGAUGGCCUUUGAAACCUAUUUUAGAAUGUAUAAAACAGCUGUAUGAUUUUUAAUGGCCCUCUUCUUUUCACCCAUUUACAGCUGUAGAUAGUUUUUAGAUUGUAAUUUAUUAACAGGAAAUAGGCAUAAGGGAUGUUGGUUCUUAUUUUUAAAGAGCUGUUCUUAAAAGGUAAAUCUCAAGUUACUUGGUAGGUAUUUUUUAAAUGGCGCCCUUAUUUGUUAAUCGUAUUUUAAUAAAUUUUAUUUUAUGCUGGUCUGACUUCGAGUUUGAACCACGUUAAAUUUCACCAGUAACUUUAUUUUUACCAGUGACUCGUUCACCUAAAUAUUAAUUGAUAUCUAUAACAGAUACAUCAGCAAAACAAAGUGACAGCAGAUAGCAAUAUAAACGUCAGUUAUGUAAUUUUAGAAUUUAGCUUUUUUGACGUCAGUUUAACUUAAUCCCACUUGACACACGAUGCGAGUAGUUAUAAACUAUAUAUAUUGUUUGUUUAUUUAUUUACUAUUAAGAUACUGUAUUUUAAGAUUUUGAGACGAUUUUCAGAAUUUAAGGGUAAAAAGGUCUGCCUGCAUCAAUUAAUUACACUUUGAUCAAGGUUGUUACAUACAACUGCCAUUUCAAUAUUUACACCUGUAAUUCAACAGCUUCAUAUUUGUGAGAUUUAUUGUUUGAAUGGUAGAAAAGAAGUGUAAAAAAUGCAUGUGUUGAAUUAUAGUGAGAAGAAUAAUUUUGGAAAUGGCAUGAUGUUGAAUGCUGAUUAAAACUUAUAGAAUAUCAUAAGUGCACAUACUAGCCAAACUUAUAGCGCAGCAUAUGUGAACAUACUGGCCAAUCUCUGCUGGCUACAGAACUGCAAUAUAUGAUAAAGCCUGAAAAAAAGAUACAACAAAACAACUAACCCAUCUGCAAGAAGCCUUCUUCAGCAAACAAACAACAGUAAAAACAAUAUUAAAUAACACUUAGCUGCAAUGUAGUGUCCGAGAGGACAGCCAGAGGAAUGUGAUAGCUCAUAAGAAGGUGAGAAAGUUAAUAUGGGCAAAAUGGGACUACGGAAGAGAGGAAAAGUAAGUCCAUUGUGAUUGGUCGUAAUAAGGAAAGGGCAGAGAAAAAGUUCAAAAAGUGAAUAUGACAUUCAUGCCAUUUGAUGUCAAGGUCCCAUAAGUCUGAAUAAUUUUCCAAGUUCACUCGGUUUGGCGUGUUUGUACAAGACACAAUGGCGAUGAAAGUAAAAUCCCCUGAGCUCUCGUGGCCACUUCUUUUGAAUUGUUUUGAUAUGGGACAAUAUUUUGAAGGUGUUCAGUACAACUUUCUGAGAGGUGCUGUCCAGUCUCACCUAGAUAUAUCAUCUGUCAAAGGGUACAAACAAUGGACUAAGACAACAUUGCAGUUAGUACAAAGGAAACCAUCCCUUAUCAGAAAACUACCCUUAGGGAAGGGAAUGUGUUAAGUCUGGAUGACAAAAGGGCAGGUUUCGCAACAGCUGCAGAUGCAAAUAUGCACAAGGAGAUCUUUCAGAUGUUAUUUCUUGUCUGAAAACAAUGAGAGGCAGGGAAGAGGAAAUGUUGCUGGUGUCAGGGUCAGAGAUGAGAAUGGCAGGUUGUUUAGUAAAACAUGUAUGGCUAUGAGAGUGUGAGGAUGAUAAGUGAGAAUAAGUUUGUUAGUGAGUAAUUGAGUAGGAAAUACCUGUUAAAGAAUUGAAACUUAGUUUUCAGUUCAACAAAAUGCAAUAAAUCAUGCUGGGAAAUUAGAAUUAAUUUCCCUUAUUUCGUUCAUAUUUUCCAAUUUUUUGAUCAAUGUUUGCCACAGGAAAUCAGUAUCACAGCGGUAAGAUAAAUAUCACCCACAAUUUUUGUGUGGUAUAUCAUUAAAUAUUUUGCAUGUAUCUGCAUUUUUGAAUUUUCAAUCAAAAUAUGUAAAGUUGCAUGUUUGUUAAUUUAAAAAGUUAAUUGAUGUGUUGUAUAAAAUUUUACUGACCCCUGUAAAUAUUAAAAUUGACUUCCUAGAUUAUUAAAGGGACUUGUUAUCAAACCCAUUUUCUGAAAAUUAAAAGUUGUUUCAUUUUAAGUGAUAAAUUCCUUAAAGUUGCAUACGCCUUGGUAUUAUUUAAAAAAAAAAAAAAACUCAUAAAAGUAAGUAAAAAAAAUUAAUUGUCAUUGCAUACGACUUAUUUUGUCUUUCUGCAUGAUUUCCACAUUUUGCUGAUCAACAAAAAACCUGACAAAAAUGACCGUAUUAUUUUUAAGAGUUCCAGUUUUCAAGCAUUCUGCAUACCUGUAACUGUAAUAAAUUUGGUUGCCAUAAAAUACUGGUAUAUUACUUUUAAAGAAUUUUAGUUUUAAUAAAAUUAAAAUCAUUGACCUAUUAUUAAAUUUAAAUAAUCUAAAGGAAAUAAAAGCAGAUCAAAUGUGUAGAUUUUUCUAUGUAAAAAAAAAAAAAAAAAAUCAACAGAUCGUUAUAGUACUUAAAGUAAAUUAUACAAUUUUCAUUGUGGAGCUUUCAUUUUUAGAGGAGCAACCCUUCACAUGGGAUUCUUCUUUCACACACACAUUUGUCUGUUCCUAAUGAUGGGUUUCAGCAUUUCUUGUUCUGCUUUCGGUUUUUGCACAUUGACUUAUGGUUUUACUAUUAAUGGUAUUGCUUUAGCAUUGGUAGAUGAAUACUUGAUUAAUAUUUGUAAUAAUCCAGUUCCUGAUUUAUUUUAUUUUAUUUUUGUAUGUUCUACUCAUGUUUUAACCUGAGAAUAAAUGCUAGCAACACUAGGGAAAUAACUUUUGUGUAUUUUGAUUAUAGUACAUUACAGAUGUGGAGCCAUCACUGGCCCUUUAUCUAAAGAGGGAAGGUUUAUAGCUUAAAAGUAGUUACAGAAUUUAUUCCUUGGUGUGAUGAAAAUUUUCUUUAGUUAAGUGAAAAAAAAAAAAGAGAGAAAUUAUUGUUGAUUUCCAGAAGAAACGUACAAAUGUGCAGAUCCUGUUAUAUUUAGGCUGGCGCUGUGAUGACUUAAGUUGAGAUACUGUUAUUAUUGUCUGACAGACAUCAGUAGGAAAUAAUUGUUACAGAUACACACAGAGUGAAAAUAACUUUGAAAUAGACAUUUCUAGAAGCAGUAAAUGGAGUUUACAAUGUGCUGAAGACUGUAAAGUCUCUUUGUGCUUUUUUUCAGUGACACAAGAUUGUUUGUGUUCAUUAUUUAACAUAUCAUUAUUGGUUUUUCAAUCUGGAAAGUCAAAUACAAAUGUUGAAGAGUUCCCCACUAUCAAAGAUGUGUGGCACUUAUUACUGUCAUAACAAUUUAUAAUUAUGCUUACACCUACAGGCAGUAGUUUAGUUGAAUGAUUCAUAUGGUUAAAUAUUCAAGAAGCCUUGCGAUACAAUUCCUACUGAAGGUCCUUGGCAUCAAACUGCAAGUGUAUGAUUCAGUUUUACAAGCUAUUUGAUAAUAUUGUGGAACUAUUUUAAAAUAAAUGCUUCUCUUAGUCUGACAAAUUUUUUUUAUCACACCAUUUUUUGCAUUAUUCAGGAUAAUUUAUGGGUAAUUAAAAUUCCACUUUGGGAGAUUCAUCUAUUUACUGACAUUGGGGCAAAGGGUUUAGUGAAUCUACGUAGAAGUAGAGCAGCUAAAAUUGAUAUUGAGUGGAAGUCAAAGUUAAAGAAAUAGCAACCAGAGUUUUGACUAUAAAAGGAUAUUUUAUAUUGUUAACCUACGCUGUUGUUAAUAGUUAUAAAGCUCCUUUUAGUGUUUUCAAAACUAUGUUUAGUGCAUCAUGGUUUUAAUUCAGUUAUGCUACUUUACCCUGCUACUAUACCCCGCUAUUAUACCCCAAAUAAAACAGUUAAAGAUUACUACUAGAAUUUGUUUGCAUAAUUUUAAAUAAGCUUGCCAGCUAGGAUUGUGCUACAUUUUUUACUACUUAAAAUGUAUGCCUUAUCCAGUAUACAUUUUAGGAACUGUUUUUUUUUUUAUUCUGAUGUAUUUUAAUAACAGAUCAUUUAUUUCUAAACAAUUUAAUAUGAUUUCUCUCUAAUAAAAUAUUGUCCAGACCAUUCCUUUGAAAGCAAUUUGUAUGUAGCAUUACCAGUUGGUGAUGAUUAUAGAGACUCCUCUUUCUUAAAUUUUAUAAGGAUAACUUAUUUCACAACACAGUAGAGAGCUCAGCAGGGUGCCCUAAUUUAUAAGUUUAGUGUGGAGUUGAUUAGGCAGAUUUUUGCCAUAUUAGUGGGUAUAUUACACAUGGUGAUUAAUAUAGAACUCAAAUCCAAGGUAAAAUAAUUUUGAACUUACAUGUAAAUGGGUCUUUCAUAGUGUUGUUUUGCUAUUACCAAUCAAUUGUAUUUCAUGUGUGCUAAUUAUUAUUGUUUUUUUUUCUGAAUCUUGAGAUGCCGUAUAUUUGAAAAUGCAAUUGAAGGCAUUUCUGAAUGUUUAUAAAACAAUUAAAUGAAAUUAGUCAUGCUAUCUUUACAGGUUCACUUGUGCUUCAGAGCUGUUAAAGUAACACAUGAUAUAAAUAUUAAAAGCUACAAUUGGCUUUUUAUUUUUCUUUGAACUCCCACAAUUGAAUAUUAUUUGCAUUAUAUAUUGGUUGUUUGCAAAUAAACUUAAUAUUGUUUUUUAGGUUUCCACCAUACACAAAUUUUUUAUUAUUUGGUCACUAGUGUACAAGUCCAAAUAAAUAAUUUUUUAAUCCUUCUUCAAAAACACAUUUGAGAACACUUUUUUUUUUAUAUAGGUUUCCUUGUCUUUUGUUUGUUUUUUUUAAAGAAAUUCAUAAUUUUGUUUGGGUCUUGAUCUCAAUAGGAUUACAUGGAGUUAUGCUGGCUUGUUUAAAUAUCUACCAUGACCACAGAAUAUUGUUUUUGUGCUUUGUUUAUUUAAAUCAGCAUUUCUCAAGCUUUGAUAACAUUUCCCAUGUUGUGUCAACACACAAGAAUUAUUCUUAGAAAUUGAGAAACAUUUGUUGAGAAUUUAAAGGGAAGGGUAUUGAUUGUAAUUGAAUUAUCAAUUUUAUUUGUGUGCAAAUUGUCAGGCGAUCCCUAAAAGGGUAGCAAAAAAGGUUGAGAACCACUGAUUUAAAUGAUGUAGACUUAAAAUUAUAGAGAAUUUAUUUUUUAGAGAUGUUAUUGAUCCAUACACACCAUACUUAUUGCAAAUAUUAAUAUUUAGCAUGUUUAGAGACUAACACAUACGGCCCUUUAUCAUAGUUUAGUGUAAAUUUUAUCCCAAUUUAUGAGAUGCUGUUUGUCUUAAAUUAGAUAGAACUUUUGGACUAGAUAUUUUCAUGCAUGAGUUGCAUAAGAAAUGUUUUAAUCAUCCUGUAUAUAAAUUUUAAAUGCAUGUUUAUCUGUUGUGAACUUUGAAUUCUUAUUUUUCUUCUUUAAUGCUUCCUUGUUUCUAGAGGAAGAAGGUGAUUAGAGAUUUUAAAAUAUUUAUAAAAAAAUAAUUAUCUCAAAACAAAGCUUUUUUUUUUUUUCUUUCUUUUAUUCUUUCUUUUAAAUUUAUUGUUUAACUCCUUCUUUUCUUUAGAGUCUUGAGCCAAAUAAGUUGCAUCAAUCUUGUUAUAGGCGUAUUUAAAUAUGAAGUAAUUAAAGCAUGAAAAUAUCAUCACAUUAAGAAUGAGUUGAAAAUGUGGAAUUCUGAAAAAUUGACUGUAAUCGGUGUUUUAUAUCACAAUGUGUCAUGAAGUAAACAAACAUUCUAGGGCCAUGAACAGUUUAUUAUAACACAAAACUUGUGCAUAGAAACAACACUAUAUUUAUACCCUGAAGUUUAUACCCUGAAAUACAUAAGUAUUGUUAUUAAUCAAUAUACGUGAGUAAGAUCUUUUUGUUUAUAGCUAUUUUCUAGUACCACCUGACGAUCCUAAACAAAUAAAUAAAACGCACCUUAAAAUAGUUUGCCCAUUUAUCCUAACACAAAAUUGACACAGCACAACAUAAACAUGCCAACAACCAUGCACACACAACCCCACACUAACAAGAAUGCCACUUACUCGUUCCCCUUCAGUAUUGCUCAGAAUGAACCAUUUGUAUGCGCGCAUGUUUUUCAUAAAAUAUUCACUGACUCAGUUUGUUAAGUAAGUUGCAGUUUAUAUUUGAAUCAUUUUUGGACGAACGUCCACAUUCAAUGUGCGAACUGUUCGUUUUGCGGUGGGGACCCACUAGUAUAUUUUGAUUUAAUCUUAAAAACAAAGGAGGCUACAUAUUUUUAUUUCUAAUAUUCUACUUUAGGGAUAUAUUUGGCGGUAUUAUUUUCAAAGUAUGAAUUGAUCAUCUUAGAAAGUAGUAUUUGGUAAUGGUUAAUUUAAAAAAAAUGUAUUUAACAAAAAAUGAGAAAGCCGUUUUUUUGUUUCUCUUUAAUUAUUAUUAUUUUAAAAUCUUAUUGUUUUCUCAUUAAAUUAAGUGAAAUGUUAUUAAAGACUAUUUAAAUAAUAAUCAAAUGGGCGUCAAUAAAUACUUACAUGACAAUGUUGUGCAAAAAUCUUUUAUCUAUCGUAUUUUAAAAUACUUUUAGAGAAAUAACAUUUUCAUUUAAAGGACACAAGUGGUUGAAAGUCAUUACUUUAAUGAAAUUUUCAAAAAGAGGUGAUUUUAUUUUUAGAUAUUCAGUUUUCAAAAAUGUAUCCAACAGAAACAUCAAGCAGUUGGAUUUAAAUGCUUAACAGCUGCUGCUGCUAAAUACUUGUGGAGGUGUGCUGUUGAACAACAGCUGUUCUUCACGUAAGUUAACUGUUGUUUCAUUUCCUCACUACACUGGACGGAUUAGCUCUGUAGUAAGGUAUUCUCACCUGAGAGUCCAGUGCUUCUGAAAAUUUGGACCACUAAGUCCUUUAAAGUUUAAGAAGGGGAUUUCUAAUCAUGGGUAAUUUUAUCAGCACUGUAAGACAUCAUCUUAUUUGAAAUAGAUGUUUAUCAUAACUAUCUUCUUAUCACAGUUCUUAGUCACAUGGACCAGCUUAGAGGCCAUCCAUAAAUAAAAUAAGAUAAGAUUCUUUUAUUGAUCCAAACAAAUGGAAAUGCUUUUUGAUUGCAUUGUACCUUUUCAGCACAUAAAUAUAACGAUUUGAACACGAGACAUCCACAUUAAAUUAUUUUACUAGUGGGGGGGGGGAAAAAACAAUUCAGUGAAUUAUCUUAGCCAUAUCAGGGACUUAUGAGUUCUCAUUAAGAUUUGUGACUUCAGGGGGAGCACGCUGAAUGCUAAACUUUCGGAGUUUGAGUUUUCAUUGAUUACAUCCUAAAGUCUCUCAGUAGCCUGCAGCUUUGUUAGCAUUAGGUGUAAUGUGAGGAUGAUACAGAUUUGGGUGAACUUCCUAGAUUGGUAAAAAUGGCUUUAAAGUGAUGCAGAAUAGUUCUAUGGCGGGUGUACAAGCUACAUGUUUCACUGCACUGUUGUUGAUAACCGGGCUCUAUUGUGGUGUGGUGUUUGCUUGUUUUUUUCUAAAUCCUUAUUUUUCCUCUUGAUUUUAUUUUGCAGUAUGGAUAAAAUGUCUGUUUUCAAAAUCAAUUUUUUAAAUUUAUAGGCGUUAUCUGUUGCUGUUUGUUUUUUGUUUUUGUUUUUUUUAUAGCCAAACCAACUUACAGCACUGGCCCUGGAAAUAAUUAUCAAGAAAUAUUUCUGGAACUAAAAGCUGAAAUUUUAACAAAACUAAAACAAUGUCUUAAUUCUUAAAGAAGGAUCAGUGGACACUUACAAUAAAACAACAGUAGUUUUUGUCAACAUAUAUUGCCAAUCCUGCUCCCUUGGAUUUGCCGCUGUCAGUUGUUCUAUUGGCACGGAAAUGUUAAAUUCGUCCAGUGCCACUGCUGAAUCUGGUACCUUUUCAUUAAGCCAGGUUUCUGUCAGACAUAUUAUAGAGCUUUUGCAGAAAUUGAUAGAAAUCCUUACAGCAAGAAUCCAGUUCAUCCAUCUUGUUACAUAGUGAUCUAACGUUUCCCAAAACAACAGGUGGAAGAAAGCCUCUGUUUCUGCAUUUCACACGAAUGCCUCCCUUUCUGCCCCGCUGUCUUCGUCUCAGUCGUGAAUCGGUCGCCAUUUGUUGUGGGCAUGACGGAAGCUUACAAAAAUGGCAGAAGUGACAUUUUUUUGCUAGUCUGAGUAAUUUGAUAUCCAAAGUCCAUAUUAAAGCUGUUUCCCGCAAAGAGAAACACACAAAGCUCACAAGAAAAUCAUCCCUAGCCCCUCCAUUUUUACUUGAGUGAAACACAAUUAAAUAAAACAUGUAAAAACUUGUUUAAAAAAAGAUGCAAUAAUGCAACCAGGUCGUCUGCAGAGCAGCGCCCUGGAAGUAACGUCACACCAUUUAGGUCAAUUUUUAUCCGACACCGCCCACCCCCGAGCAUUGCCACUUAUGUAUGGUCCCUUAAGAUGUGUUCAUUGGGUCAUAGGUGGUCACCAAAUUGAAUUUUAAUCUACAAAUCAGCCAUCAGUUUACAUCCACAGAACCAGUGGUCUUUAAAAAAAUGACAGAUUUUUUUUAAAGGAAUAAUAUUUAUGACAUGACCUGGGACAUUUAAAUGAGUUUGUUGCUUCCAAAAUAGCCACUUUAUUUAUUUGUUUACUAUUUCAACUUCUCUUGCAUCUACUGUCUGAUUUAAAAUCAUAAAUGUUUUUGAAAUUUGUAUCCAUAUUUUUCUUGAUAGAUUCUUAGCUGUGUUUAAAAUGUGGUCAUUUCUACCCUUUUUUUAUACAUCAGAAAUAAUAUUAUUUAUUAACAUGAAUCAAAUUACAAAUUUUGACAAAUACCAAUAUAUUUUUUUUUAAGAUUUUCUUUUUUAAUUACUUUUCAACUGAAGCUUAACUUUUAUCCUUUCUUUUUGUUUUAGAUUAUCUUCAUCAGCUACUGCUCCUAAAAUACGAUCUGGAGGAAGCCUCUUUUCAAGGGGAUCCAAAUUUCGAUUCAGGUUUUUAACAUUGCAUUGUUAUAGUAAUUUUUUUUUCUUAAAAUGAAAAUUUAAAAGGAAUUGGUGGGUGUUUUUCUUCUGUUUUAACCUUAAAUUCAUUAGGGUUCAAAUUUUAGCAGCGCAUGCAAAUAAUUGUGCACACAGAGUAAGCUGGUAAGCCAAGACCUCGAACCAUUUCUCAUACUUGACUUUUAGAUAUUUCAGCUGAAAUCUAGACUAAACUUAUUCAUUAGGUUCUUAUUUCUUUUCUCUGGCAUGAAUGUAACUAACAGCUUGCAUUGUUGUCUUUGCCAGUGGGCGAUGCCAAAAUGAAGCAUAUGAGGCUAGUGAGAACAUACGCAGAACUGAGCCACCUUUUGCUAGGUAAUAAAAUCAUGUCUUUCCUCAUCAUUUGCCUCAUUUUCUUCUUGAUUCUUUGAGAUAUAUCUCUUUGUGGUUCAACCUAUUCAACCUGAGCUGCUCAGAAUUUUCAUCCAUUCAACUCACAGAGAAAAAAAACAACUUCAUAUGUACCAUAGAUUGGUUAAUCUUUUUGUGUUAUACCGGUAAUGAAAUGACAGGGAGUAAAUUGCAUUCAUUACCGUUUGCAUUAUGUGUUGUAUAACAUUAUUUCAUUAAGGUUUCAUGGGUGCCAACAAAUAUUAUUUAGGUUUGAUCCUCAUCUAAAAUUACGGAAACAGGUGGAUAGCACCUUGCAUAAAGCGUUUUGGGCAGCUGAAUUUGAUUUGCGAGUUACAGGGUUUGAAUUGGUAUUGGCAGGAAUCAACCACGAGGUUGAAAGAGGUUAAAUAAGAGGCUUCAAAAUGGGUUGUUAAUCAUUGAAGUAUUCUACCCGAUUUUAUAGAGAGAAAAAACUUUGAGGCAUAAGUGUUUCACUUGUGUUUCAACAUUUUUAUCAUAAGUCAUGCUAGUUUGGGGGCUAAGAAACUAAUCUGCUCCAUGCAUUAGCAUUAAAAUCUAUUUCCAUGCCUAAGUAGCACGAAAAGUUUUCCUUAUCUAUUUGGACAGGACUUCUUCAUUGCCUAAUUUCGGAAAGAAAAGUCAUGGACAUGAAAAGAACAAUACUCUUGUUCGUGAGAAUCUUGCAUCAGAAAGUUUUAGAGAAGGUGAGCAAAUUAUGCAAUUCAUUUGAGGUUUAAAUUAUAGAUUUACUUUCUGUAAAUUUCAAGUCAGAAAUGGUUACAAUAAUAUUAUUAAAAAAAAAAAAACCUUGAAAGUAAAAUAUGAGGGUAAAAGAAAUAGUAAUAAUCAUGACAACCAGCAUUUGAUAUUCAAAUAUAUUGAAUGCAAGGCUUUGAUGUAUUUAGAUAUAUAUUUUUUUUUAACCCCUUUCCUUAAUUAGUCGUUUAAGAAUUCUUCACUUUAGUUCUUUCCACGUUUUUACUUUAACCAUAUUUGCUAAUAUUAUCUUGAUCUUGAGGUUUUGUACUUAAAAAAUAUUCUGGAUCUAAAACCGACUUAAAAAAUAAAUUUCAGGGUAAUAUAAGUAGGUCAUAUAAGACUUUACAAAUUUUCUCUAAAUAUAUUGAUUCAACCAUAGAAAGCAAUUACAAAGUAGUUAAACGAAGUUACAGUAAAGCAGUGUUUGUAUACAUUGGUAUACAUUACCGUAUAUAUUUGUUUUUAUGUCUUUUACUUGCACAUAAAUAUUUUUAAAAGUCUGUAUUUUUUUUUUUUUUUUUUUUUUUAAAUUUUUUUGUACCUAAUUGCUUAAAAUAGCAUAUAUUUUUUACGGUUUGGCUUAUAAGUGAGUUUAAAUAUUUUUCCCUACCAAAACUAGGGGAUUGGUUUAUGAAUGAACGGGCUUAAGAAUGAUUAUAUUUGGUAACCAUGGCUACCAAUUGCUUCAUUCUUGUGGCCUUUUCUAUCAUGAAAAUGAAAUGUAAAAUAUAAUGUGAAGUCUAUUUUUUCAAAUAUUUUUUUAUUCUCUUUUUUCAUUUAUUCCAAUUAUUAUUUCUUUUGAAAACUUAUCUUUACAUAAUAUUUGUUUGACUUUGUCAAACUCAUUUCUCAGUGUUGUGACAAUUCCAAAAACUUGUGUGGCCAAGUCAAGCAUGAAAGUAUAAGAAAUUAAUAUUUGUUUUAAAGCUACAACAGAAGCUUACUUUUUUUUUUCAAGAAAGACUGGUUUAAGAUUCAAGACUUGAAGAAGCCACUAUUAAUUCACAUAAACAAAUAUAAUUUUAUUAAUCCAGAUCACUUUCUUUUUCUUCACAUUUUCAAAUGCGUAAAAGUAAUCUAUUUAAUGAUUUACGCUAUGCUUUUUAUUAAUUUUGAAGCUAUUAUUUAAGAAAAUGUAAUCAUAUUUGAUGCAUAAAUUUUUUUUUUAUGGCUGUGUGGUUUGGUGUGUUGAAAAAAAGAACAUUACAUACUGGCUCUAGGGCUGAAGUUCAAACCCCAACAAUACCAGAAAAACCAAUUGCACAAAUUUAGACAUAAAAUUUGUCACCCUAAAAGAAGGAAAUCUCUUAUUACAACCCUCCACUGUCUUAUGGCUGCAACCCCCAAGCGUUUUAAGGCUAUAGGAGCUGAGUGGAGAUUGAUUCACAUCUACCUUUAUUGCAGUGAAAAUAUUUUUAACUCCUGCAUGAUGUUUAUGAUUUAUGACUUGAAAUCAACAAGAAAUUCUAGGAUAAUAUUUUUUCUCUAAAAUACUCAUGACAAGAAAUAUUUGAAUUACUGAAGUACAUGUUAAGUUACUUUUGUUGUUCAUUGAAAUAUGAUUCUUGAUUCUGUUAUCUUUUCUUUGGACUUAAAAAUUCUAAAAUUAUACUUAGACAAAUUUGCUUUUGUAAAAUUAAUUAGAUUUAUUCCCCUAUGUUCUCACAACAAUAGAUCGCAGAAAGUUUAAUGGUAAGUCCAAUACUUUUUUUUAUAUGAAACCUCUUCAAAACACACCCCCUUCCCCUUUUUUUUUAAUUUUUUUUUUUUUGUUUACACUUGGCUCACUAUUGAUUUUUAAUAGAUGACAGACACUUAAAAAGGGAGCUGUAAUUUAACAAGAAAUUGUAUCAUUAAAAUUCUUUAUGUAGCAUGAUCCAAUCGCUGUUUUAUCACACAAAAUGUAUUUAAAGUUUCAUUGUAAAUGAUAAUCCUUAAAUGCAUGUGCAGUGACUUUUUAAUCUAUUUUUUUUGUGCCUCUGAUCCUGAACCUUAUAUAAAUGAAUAAUCUGCAAACUCCAUAGAAGUAACUGAGGAUGUUGUUCACUCUCCAGUUUAUCUGGCUCCAGGCAAAAACAAAGAAGGUAAACAUGGUUUGCUUUCAAUCAGAUGACCUGGUUUUGUGGUGGUUGUUUUUUUGCCUGUAAAAUCCUAUAAUGCUUCAGAAUCUAUUUUGCUUUAUAUUUUACAAUUCAAGAUAUUUUUGCAUGUAUCUGUUAUCACAGCCUAUUGUAAGACUUCAUUCAAUUUUUAAAAUUAUCCUAGGAGGAUGGUAUUCAUACUAUUAAAUUAUUUCUUUAAUUGAUAAAAGUUGGCUUCUUAACAGGGAUGACAUAUUUUUCAAAAAUAUAGAAUUUUUUAAAACAUUUUGAAGAAGAAAAAAACGGGUUAUUCCAAUAAUACAAGAAAAAUAAUUAAGUCCUUAAAAAGUUAUUAUAUGCUAAAACCCCUUUUACAUCUCCUUUUUUUUUUCUUCUUAUUUUUGGUAUUGAGGGGUUUACCAUGAUUUAUAUCUUACGUUCUUAAUAUGCCAAGUGAAAUACAGGCCUGUUUACUCUUACGAUUUAGGUGUGAAAUAUACGAUUUUGAGAUGUCUUUUACGAUUGUACAACAAGACCUGACAGAACUAGGACUUGGAGAGACAGGGUUGAAAAUAUAUACAUUCCAGUAGUUUUUUCCGAUAUAAGAAAAAAUAAUGCAUAAUUUGCAUUCUACGUCCAGAAAUGAAUUGAAUGGAUUGAGAAAUGUGAUUGGUUGGGAACCAUCUAUAAUUAUAUUAGGUCUGCCCUGCCUGAGAGGGAAAUGGAGUGGUGUUGAUUUAGGAUGUUUUGUGGUGGUGGGGGGUCCAAAUAUUUAAGUCAAUAAAAUAAAAUUAACGCUGCCACAUUUUCGUAAUAAUAGUGGUAAUGGUCAAAUUUUUGCUUUGUAUUUUCAUAAUGAACUCGGUAGAUACAACAACAGUAAUAUUAGCAUAGUUGCCCUAGAGACAAUUUAGUCAAUCCUCUGCAAUCCAUAUAGUACGUACACCAUGAGUGGGUAAUGGGUGUUUCCGAUUUUCAGAAGAAACUACGUAUUUCAUUAAAAAAUUCUACAAUAUUAUCCUGAUGUAGAGAAGGAUUUACACCAGUUGGGGGUUCCCGCAUGGAGGCUCAACACAUGGGAGAGGAAAAUCCUCCGCAAAAUAUACAGACCAGUGAUAGAAAAUGAUAUCUGGAGAAUAUGUACAAACCAAGAACUUUACUAUUUGUACAAAGAACCACCCAUAGUCACAAUGAUAAAAAAAAAGGCAGAAUACGCUGGGCAGGUCAUGUUGAAAGGAUGCCGGAAUGCAGAGCAGCCAAAAUUAUAUACAGGCAGAAGCCUAGGGGCAGACGACUCAUCGGUCGCCCAAGGGUGAGGUGGAUUGAUGAUGUGGAGACAGAUUUACACCAGUUGGGGGUUCGAGCAUGGAGACAGAAAGCCAUGGAUCGCUCCGAAUGGAAGGAUGUGGUGGAGCAGGCCAGGGCUGUAGUGCCAUUGAUGAUGAUGAUGAUAAUGCAUUGUAAAUGACUAAGCGCCAUAUAGUAACUGCGAACAGUAGUUUCUCUAUGGUGGGUUAAGAGGGGGGGGGUGGUUAGAAAAAUUAGCGUACAUACUAUACAGAUUGCUUCGGUGCUGUUUGACUUAAUUUUGUGACAUAAUUUUUUAUAGGAUCUGAGAGGGCCUUCAAAAUAUAUUUUUAGAACACACAAAACAGCUGUACAAUUUUUAAUGCCCCCGCUUCCUUUCACCCAUUUAUAGCUUGUGGUAGUUAUCAGACUGUAAUAUGAUAACGGAAAUAGGCAUAAUGGAAAAAAGAAUCAAUAUCUAGUAAUAAAAAAUAAAUAAGAAUAAGAAUCAAUAAAAAAAAAUUUUACAGCAUUUCUUUAAAAAAUUAAUCUCAAAUAGCUUGGUAAGUUUUUUUUUUAAAUGACGCCCUAAUUUGUAAAUUAAUUCUUUUUUUAAUAGUUUAUUUUAUGCUGAUCUGACUUGGAAUUUGAACCACAUAAAUUUGAAGAAUAACUUUAUUUUUACCAGACUGAUAAUAUGAUCUGCACGUCCACCUAAAUAUUAAUGGAUAUCUAUAACAGAUACAUGUCUGCAGAACAAAUUGACCGUAGAUAGCAAUAUAAACAUCAGUCUUCUACUUUUAAAAUUGACAUAUAAACUGUAUGUUUAUUUAUUUUCUAUUAAGAGACUGUAUCGUAAGAUUUUGAGACUAUAUUUUAUGAUUUUAGGAGUUCGGGGGUAAACAGGUCUGGAAAUAACAAAACUCUAUAUCUGUAUAAUAUCCACGAGAUCAGUGCCAUUUACUAACAAUUUAAUAGAACUUUUUCAUUUAUUUUCAAAACUGGAACAUUAUUAUAUAGUAUUACAAUUUUUAAAAUUCCCUUCUACAAAUCUGCUUUAGUAAUAGUUCAUUUUAACACAGCACUGUAAAGCAGGCUCAUAAAUUUAUUUUUAUGUAUAUGUUGCACUUAAUUUUAUUAAUCCAUAGAAAUAGGUAGUUCUCAGUACUGUGUAUUUAGAUAUUUAUAAGAAUGUGAUGCAAUGCUUUCUUUUUAAACUUGAAAUAUUCUUGGCCAAAGACAAAAUUUAACAAUAUUUUAUUUGCUUAUCUUUACAGUUAUUUGUGAUGUGGGAAAAAAUGUUGGGAUUAUUUUUUUUAUUCUUUAAUUCUAAUUUAUUCACAAAAUUUAAAAAUGUGUACUUCUUAAAUUUCAAUGAUUAAGCUAUAUUUCAUAUUGCUACUGAUUGAAGCCAAAUAUUCUCUAAAGCUUUUUAGUUGCAACCUGUAGAAAGUUUAUUUAUAUUGUGCCAAUAAAAGAAGAUUAUCAUUUUGUUUAUUUUUCCAUUCACUAACACAUUGAUUCCAUAGAAAGUAAUCGACUAUAUGCAGCCUUUAGCUGUUUUAACCACAGAAAAAUUAUUCUAAAAAAGUUAAAGUUAAAUAGAUUUUAUGUUUAUAUUUGCUCAAAUUUCUGGUGAUCUGGUUAAAAAAAAUUCUAAUUUUUUAAUAUAUUUAUAUUAUUUUUAACCUCUGACUCAAGAAUAACUGAUUUUUUUUAAACAUUGUCAGCAUUGUUGCGAUAGUAGUAUGUUUUUAAAGAAAUGUUAUUUGUGUCUUUUGUGUAAUUAGUGUAAGAGAAGCCAUGAUCUUUGUAGAAAUUGUUGAUAUUGAAUAGUGGUUUAGAAGAAAUCUCUUGUUAAGAAGAAUGGAUGCUUUGUAUUGUGCUACUACCCACCAUGAACCUCUCUGUAAAUCCUGCUUAUGAAGUCACUGACCUGUUCAGGAUAAGUGCUAUGUUGAAAUAAUGUUCAAAUUUGUAAAAGUUAACAAAAAUUUAUUUUAAAAAUUAUAUUUAUUUUGUCAACCCAAAUAACAAAUUUGUAAAUGCAUUAUUUUUUUUUAAAUAUGUAAUUAAUUUUCGAUUUAAGUAAUUGAUUUUUUUUCUUAACAUACCUAUGCAACAAAACUGUAUGAUUUUCAAAUUGAGCAUUACAAUACUUAACUUCACAAUACCAAUGUUCUCUUAAGCCUAAAAGUUUAUUAAGUUUAUUAAAGUAGGUAAGAUGAUAAUUGACAAUUUCUUUUAAUUGUGUAAAAACUAAUUCAACUUCCAUUCAGUAUGUAAUUCAAACCCUCCCUUGCUAUCAUGGUGUCAUGCAGUGUACAGAACAGAAAAGUGUCAGUUUUGCUUUUUUGACAUAUUCAUCAUCAGCAGAAAGGUUUAUUCCUGGUUUAUUUCACUGAAUGUUUUACAUCUAACUUUGAAGUAAUUGCCAUGUUUUUAUAUUUUAUGUAAGUUUUGGACUCGCAAGCCAAAGCUUUAAGAUGGACAUGUUGAACCAAAGCUUUAAGAUGGACAUGUUACUUUAUUGGGUUGUUUUUUUUUCCCCAGUUGUUUCUUCCCCCACAAUUGCAACUUUUUAUCCUAUUUGAAAUAAGAUUUAACUAUGAGGUUUGAGAGAAUGAAUUUUUUUUUUUUACUGACUUGAAUCUUUUGCCUCCACAAAAUAUUUAUUUCAAAAAGUACAUAUAUUUUUCUAUUUUACACAAUUCUUUUAAAAAUUGGUGAAGGAAGAAAAAAGAAUUCCUUCAAAAACAAAAAAAAUUGAAAUAAUUCAUAAGGUUCUUUUCUUUUUUUUUUUAAUAGAAAAAUAUUGGAGUGGCAACUUUUUGGAUAUAAAAAGUUAUUUUCAGAAUUACCCAGGUUUAACUCAGUGUAUUAUUUCAGAUUCAAGAUGCUCUUCCAAGUUAAAUAGCGUUUGUAAUUCAAGUUGUUCAAAUUUUGAUUACUUUAACAUUUAAUAUAAUAAUAUAUACAAUAUUUUUAUCACAGAGGCUGCAGUCGAUGUCCCCAACAUACUUGUGGUCAAUGAAACACCUGUAGCUACACUAACAAAAGAAGAAGUUAUUGAAGCUGGGCCUCAAGUUAAAGCUCCUCUAGCUUCCAUUGAAGCAUUUGAAGAAAAGUUUCAGAAGUCUGCAGCCAAUACUGUUGCUGCAGUGGCAACCCCUAUACUUAAAGAGAAUGGCCAGGUAAUGACAUCAUUACUCAAAGAGAAUGGCCAGGUAAUCAAAAUGAUCAGUUACGAAAAAUACAUAAAUUUAUAAUGUAUUAAUUUUAACUACUAUGUAACUUAAAAUAUGUAAAAUGGAAAUAUUGGAAAUAUUUCUAUCACACAACUAACAAUAUCAUUGUAUGUGGUUUGUCUUGAUAUGUAUAGAAAUUUGAAAGUAUUAUUUUAUACUUUCUUCUAACUAAUAGGUUGUAAAAGAGAGGCCAGCAAUUUUGGAGACCAGCAUUGAUGAAACCCUUCCAUACGAACCAAACAGGACCGUGGAAGAAAGUGAUGAAGAAAGUGACAAACCUUGCUUGGAUGAACAGAUCAAGAUGCUAGAAGAGGAACUUAUUAAUCCAGUUGUACAAAAAGAACUCAACUUAUCCCCACAGGUGGUGCAACCAGUAUCUACAGAACCAGCAAAAAAGGACAAGGCGAAAUCAUCAUCUGGCAGUGUGUGUUUGAAAGCUGUCAUACUAUCUGUAGUUGUUAUGCUACUGCUGUCCAUGGUUCUAUUCUAUGUGUUAUUCUUCAGCCCUUUAAAACACCCAUUAAUCUCUAAAGUACGAGAGCACCUGGUAUUCCUGGAGCCUGUCAGAGACAUUUUAAUACAGAAAGCAAAUCAAGUAGUUGGUUAUUUUAAGAAGUAAGACUCAUAUCUCAAGAUUUCUUUAAGCCCUCUCCAUUUGUUAAUCCUCAAUUCUUUAGUAAGAAUUAGUGCUGUCAAAUUAGUGCAUAUCCAGGUUAUCUCAACCCAAAACAUGUUGUGAUCUUUAAUUUAUUAUUUUUUUCCUAAUUUUAAGUAUCUCUUUUGAUCCCUGUAUACUAUAUGGGGUGGAAACUCAGCCAAAUUCUAUCCAUAUUCCAUGAGAUUUAUCUCCCAUGCCAUUUGUUCUUGUAAAUAAUAUUGCAAUUUUUGGGGAUUAAUGUGCUUUCAUCAUUUUGCUUUUAAAACAUUGUAAAUUUAGCUUUCUAUUUUUUUUUUUUUUUUUAAAGUUGAUUUUUACAUCUAUGUUUUCUAGGUGGCAUAAACACACUUCACCAUUUAUUUUUACUUUAUUUACUCUUGAAAAUAAAAUGAAUGUUGUAGUCAAUGCUGAGGUGCUGGGCUUGUGUUCUGUCCUUGUAAUUAGUUCAAUGAAACCUUUGAUGGUGUUUUAAUAGUCACAUGGUGUCAACACAGCUCAUUUUUAGAUUCUUAAUUUGCUCAUUUAAUUUUUUUCAAAUUUUGACUCUGUGUCCGAUGAAGAAAAUAACUGUACAUUUUUUUGCCUAGUUGUUAAAAUCUGUUAAUGCUUCUUUAUCUUAACUUUCAAACUGUCAUCCAUAGUUCAUUUAAUGAUGCAUAUAAACUUGUCUAAUUUCUUGAUAAAUCAGUUAUUUAAUAUUUACGUUUUUAUACUUAACAUUUACCUUCAUUUGUGUUGAAUUGAUUUGUAUUUUAGUAUUGAUUGGCAAAUUGUAGCUCAAAAACGUUUCACUUGUGAAAAUUUCAAAUCGCAGUGCUAAAAUAAAUAUUUUUUUGUUACUUGCUAAUUUUGAAAUCAUUCACUCAUUAUCACAAUAUAAUAUAAAGCAAUAUAAUCUAUAAUGAGAUGGGCAUAUCUUAGAGAUUAAAGCAUAUUCUUUUGAAGAACUUGUACCCUAAUUGUGUGAAAAUGUAUUUCUGCACUUGUUAAGUAUUUGACAUUUUGCACCAGCAUGUUAUGAAAGUGAACAUGUACAUAUUGAGUGAUUUGUUUUGCCAGUCCUUCAUGAGCAUUCUAAUAUUAUAUCAUUUGUAAUGUGUUUACACUGAGAACUCUGAAUCUCAUAUGUGUAGGUUCAUGGCAUCAAAUUUUAUUCAUACUUAUUUACUAGAGUCAAGGGAACAAUGCAUGCAAAGUCUCAGUCUCUGGCACAUUCCUAAUGAUUCAAAUAAACUUUCUUUUUUUUAGAGUUAACACACCUUGGAGGCCAUGAAUUUAUAGACACAUAUUCAUGGAUUUCUAAUGCUAUCUUGUUAUCCAAAAUAAAACUGAUAUAAGGCUACUUAACAUAAGUCUAUGAUUCUUAUGCAAAUUGUUGGUAUGAAUUUUUCAUUGAACAUUUGGUAGCCAGUGGACACACCUGGUACUGUUUCUUUUGCUAAGAAAGCUUCUAAAGUAACAUGCGACAGAUAGAAAAAGACAAAAAAUUGCAACUUAAACCAGAAUGUUAUAAACCUAUUUUUUUUAUUAUUUUACUUUGAUGUUGCUUUUUUCCCCCAAGUGUUUAUCUGUCUUAGAGUGCCUAUUUGUGCUUUCCAAUUCAAUCGGUAGGUGUUUUGCUGUUGUUUUCACCAAGUAAAUCAUGGCAUGGCUUUUGUGUCAGAUUACCAGUUAGCUGUUUGAUCACAUUGUCUCAUCCAUUUUUUCCUGAAAAUUACUUACUCUAGAAUGUUUUUCACUUUCGUCUAGGAUGAGAUACUCUAUGUGAUAUGAUAAUUAUGCAAGAUACAUGGUGGAGUAACAUCCCUUUUUAACAUAUUCAGGGUGGCAAUUAAGUUAAGAUUCAUCUAAGAAAAUAUAUUUGCAAAUGAUUGUUAUAGGGAUGGAAGUCUAAUAAUUAUAAAAAAUAUCUGCUUAUGAACUUAUGUUAUAUUUAAAUAAAGCAGUUAAAACAGUUCCUGUCAAUCAAAAAAAAAAAGUUUUUCUGCCGAAGAGAUCACUCACAAUCAUUGAAACAUCAGCUGGUAAAAAUUUUAAUAGGUUACAAUUUUUGCAUUAUUUUAUUUUUGGAAAAUAUAAAUGUUUAUUAUAUUAUCAACCAACCAUAACUAUCCAUUUAGAUCAAAAAUUCUUAAUAAGGGAGUUUAUUUAGAGCCUUGUGAAAGGUGAAACUUAUCUUUUAGUGGUGAGCCGUUAAAAUAAGUUUUGAUGUUGCUGGUACAUGUUUUCUUGAACAAAUGUAUAGCUUUUUUACAGCUAAAUAUAUUUUAUUUGUACCACACCUUUUUAAUUUUAUACAGUUAUGGUUGUAAAUUACUUUUCAUAGUUUUGGGAUAAAAUUUAGCUUUUCAAUAUUUAAGAAAUUGAUUGCUAUUUCAUUUUACAAGCAUUGGAAUUUUUAGUAGUUUUUGUAUUGCUUUAAAAUGUGUGUGCAAAUGAGCCUAAUGCUAUUUUGGUGUUAUAUGUCAUUAAGUUGAAACUUAGUACAAUGCUUGAUAUUUAUGUUUGCUGUUUUUUUUUAAGAAAAAGUGUUAUCACAAGGUAUAUUUUCAACCAAGAUUGUUCAUUGAAUUUGGUGAAUUCAGUAUUUUGUGUUGGUCAUUAGAUAAUAAUCUAAGUAUUGUGGAUGCAUUCUGAUGACUUGACAGCAUUUGCUUAAGAGAGAAAGAAAAAUGCCUAACUUCUAAUGUGAUGUCUCUUAGAGUACCUCUGUGACAAAUCCUAACUGAAAGUCUUUAUAUUGUACUGUAUGUAGAAAAUAGUUCGCUUGUAUAUAGAAAUUUUAAUAAAUUCAUUUCUUUUGUUUACCUGUGCAAUGUCAUAUUUUUAAGAAUAUUCUACAGAAGAAUCCUAUUUACCAGAUUCUUGAUUUCCUUGUUGUAUAAUUCUUUUUUACUAGAAAAUGCAAGUAAUUUGCCACAUUUUGUAUUUACAUUUUGUUCAGAAUUUACUUGAUUACCCUAUCAUUUACUUGCUGUGAUGCACCUUAUUUCUGCAGUGGGCUUCAUAUAAUUGUUCUCAUUUCUGCACUUUUUUUUUUUUUUUUUUUAAAAUAAAAUUUACUUAGUACUUUAAGUAACAAAAAUAUAUUUUUUUUUUUUUUUUUUUUUUUUUUUUUUUUUUUUAUUUUUUUUUAUUAUAUUUUUUUUUUUUUUUUUUUUUUUUUUUUUUUUUUUUUUUUUUUUUUUUAUAAUUUUUUUUAUUUUUUUAUUUUUUUUUUUUUUUUUUUUAAAAUAAAAUUUACUUAGUACUUUAAGUAACAAAAAUAUACUUUUAUUUAUUAUAAUAGACUUUAAUACGGUAUUAUUGAUACUACUGAAAAUGAAACAAACAUUUGAAUUGAAGAAACUACCCUAGUUGUGCAGAUUUAACUAGCAAUUUACAUAGUUUGCAGUUGAUAGAUUUGUCCAAGGAAAAGGAUCUGUACUAUAAUUUUCUUUAGUUUUUAGCAUUAUAAUAACCAGGCAGCACAUCUUGGGGAACCCUGAAAUAUUUUACACCAUCUUUCAGUUUUAUCAUUAACAUCAUCAGUUGUUGGUUUUUUUUUACUUUGAUUGAUAAAGUGUGAACAGCUGCUUAAGGAUAGCAAGUCUAUAACUUAAAAAUAUCACAGAAAAAGAGACAAAAGUGCCACUGGAAUUGGAAAACUCUUUAGUUAGAUAGAACUUCUUCUUUCAUAAGUCCAUCUUGUUUCACUAUCUCUUCUUAAAGACUCUUUGAUUAUAAGAUUCAAUGAUUACAAUAACCACAUGCUAUUGUAAGUUUUCUGUCAAACUUGGUUCACUAAAUACAAUAUAAAAAACUUUUAGAAUAGUACAGCACUAUGCACUGUCUAUCCAUUUCUUCAAUACUGUUAUACAAUCAUUAUUCAUUAAAUCGUACAUCAAUUUAAGCUUGCACUUGCAAUGUAUCUAUCACUAUCAUUCUUUAAAAAUGGCUUUGUUAUUCAUAUAUAUAAUUAACGGAUAGUUUAGUACCAUGAUAGAGUUUUUAAAAAAAAAUUUAACACUGCUUACUGAUAAAAUAAUUAGUAUUUGUAAUCUGCAACAUCUUCUUUUAUGAAUGAUCUGAAUUUAGACUAGAAAGGUACCAUAAGGACAGUCUUAUUGUUUACUUUAUGUAAUUGAUAUGUAAAUGUAGAUAUUUUGAUUCAGGUUUAAAAUAUAACAAAGCCUUAAGCAAUUACAUAUCCUUUUGUCCUCAUUGUACUUCUGAAAUACAAAUAAAUUCUAUGCUAGUAC